AUGAAUUUGUAUGAAUCGAAAUUCUCUGCUGGUGAAGACGAAGAGAGUAUAGAUUCAAACCAUAUAAUUUCUGAGAUAAACUUCAAUGAUAGCAUACAGAAAGAUGGCAACAAAAUUGUUAAUGGGAACAAUCCUUCAAUGAUGAAUGCUUAUUUUCAUCCGGAUACCAAUAGCAUCAAUUCAAUUGAAGAAAACAAUACUUUUACAAAUAGCAAUAGUGAAACUUCGACAGUUUACGGAAUGUCACCAAUGACAGCUCCUAGCAGCAGUAAUAACAAACAAACCAGAAAAAAGUGGAAAGAGGCUGAGGACAUUGCCUUUCUUACCGUAAUAUUAAACCAUUCCCUCUUAUUAACAUACGUAGAAUAUUUCAAACCAAUGAAAAAUUUCUGGUUAAAAAUAUCUAAAAUAUUACACGAGGAACAUAGGUACGAAAGAAAUGCUAGACAGUGCCAUGAUAGGUUCAAAGUUCUUUUUAGCAAGGCAACCAAACUAAAAGAAUCUUCAAUAAAGGGUGUAAAGUUUGCUGACUUACAAUAUUUACUUCUAAAACUUGUAAAUACAUUCCGCUUCCACAAUGGAAAUAUUGUACUAAGAUCGCAUUCAAAAUUGAGUUCAAAGUCAGUAAACAGUCCUGAUCAGUCGAAUCAUCAUAACGCUCAAGAUAAUAUUAAUCUAAAAAGCGAGUCACCAUACAACCUUAAUAAUCAUACUGAUAAUACUACUGAUUUUGCCCUUCAAAAUCCAUCCGAAAAUGGCUACGGCAAUAAUAACAAUACUGGUAAUAGAAGUAAUAGCAAUCUGUCAGAAUUUGUACACUAUUCUAGGUCCAUGCAACAAACAACGCCAAGUGGUGGAGAGUUGACUAAUUUGCCAAACGUAUGUACGUCAACAGAAACUGUUGAUUAUUCACAGAACCCGUUCAAAAGAAUACGAGAACCUAUUCAACGACGAAAUGAAGCGGCCCAAAGCCUCAAUGGAUUGCCAGAAAAUGAAAUACAAUAUAUGCAUAACAUGUACCAAUCAUUAUACAAUAUGGUCGGUAAUUUUAAAAAUCAAGUGGAUUCUUUGCAGGCACAGGUCAACUCUUUAACUUCAGAGUUAUAUUCAGUAAGAAGAGUACUGAACUCAUUGGACGACAAUACCCAAAGUCACAGAAAUAUACUACAAAACCUUUAUACUAUGGUUCAGUCUUCUGACGAGAACAAUAAGAAUAAUAAUAAUGGCCUUGACAGCGAUGAUCACAAAGAAAAACGUAUUGAGAAAUAA